AUGUCCAACGCAGCCUGUGACAAUGGCGGCCUGUUCGACUCCGCUACUCGAUGUGACGGCAGAGAUGACUGUGGAGACAACAGUGAUGAGAAGAACUGUGGUGAGAAAAAAGGCAUGAAAACCUGCAGCAAUGGACAGUGCUUUGCUCUAAAGAAUGAGGACUCCGAAGACCCUGUCUGUGACGGUGUAAGGGACUGUGCGGACGGUAGUGACGAGCUAUCAUGUCCCCUUUCUGCCUGUGACAAUGGCGGACUGUUCCAUCCGUUUGCUCGAUGUGACGGCAGAGAUGACUGUGGAGACAACAGUGAUGAGAAGAACUGUGACUGUUACUACGUACACGACAAGGGGGCAAGCUACAGGGGCCGUGGAAACCAACAACACUCCUGUCAGUACUGGACAUCUCAGUACCCGCACGCCCAUAACCACACUCCCGAGGCCUUCCCGUCAGUAGGGCUGGAGCUGAACUACUGUAGGAACCCGGACGGGAAGGACGGACCGUGGUGCUACACCAACAACCCAGCAAUCAGGUGGAUGUACUGCGACAGGGUGUCCGCCUGUGACGAGUUACCAACAAGCUGCUUCUUCACUAGCGAUAAGGGAAGGAGCUACACAGGGCGCUUAAAUAGGGCAGGAGGCCGGUUGUGUCAGAGAUGGGACUCCCAGUCCCCCCACACCCAUCCCCACACACCACAGGCUCAUCCUGAUGCGGGGCUGGAGGAAAACUUCUGCCGUAACCCUGACAACAAGGCCCGGCCCUGGUGCUACACCACGGACGGGACGGAGACGUGGGACUACUGUGACGUGACGGAAUGUCCUGACCCCACGUCGUGGGACUAUGUUCCGAGAUCGUGUAGCAGCUCGGGCAUAUCCUGUGAAGGAAGAUGCGGACUGAGUUACGGUGAAUUUCCCGAGUGUCAGUGUGACCAGGACUGCAGCUUCUUCGGCGACUGCUGUAAAGACAUUGGGUCCUACAACGAGAGAGUAACUUUUGAUGGUAUGAAGUUCUACAAAAACGUUCACUGCGCUCUUUGUGAAGGACUUUCCCUUGUGGUAGCCACAAAUUUAGGUUGUAAGUUUCAUGAUGUGAGAACACCGACAACAUACAAUCCUAUCUCAUUAACUCAUCUGUUCAACUUUAAUGCUGAUGAGAGUCCCGAAAACAGCCCUCAGCAUUGCCCCCCAGACUCUUUAUACGACCCCUUUGUAGACUCCUGUCGAUCUCUCUCGUCCCUAAGUCACGGCUCUUCGAACAAAACUUUCCAUCUUGAAAACUGCAGCAGACCCAUUCUGAACUUCACAUCCGAAGAGUUCGAAAUCCUUCCCAAUGGCAGUGUCCGCCUGUUGAGUUCUAACAUGACAUGCCCAGCUGAGCAGGUGGCCAUUCUGAACACAGAAGCAUCAGUCUGUGGGGACUGCCUACUGGAGUAUUUUUCCAACGACACGCUCCAAACCUCGGAUCCUGUCCAGCACUGGUUAACCCUGGGUCUUGUGGUAGUGUCUGACGUUGCCGUGUCUGGUUUUGUGGUUCACACUUACAGGUCAGGCCAGUGGAAAAAAGUCCCGGAAAAGCUGAAGGUGCAGAUGAUGACAUGCAUGGCAGUUGCCGUAACCCAGUUUGUGGGACGUGUGUUCCUCUCACCCGGACCAGGCUGUACAGUUUAUGCAAUACUUCUACACUACUUUAGUCUGACGGCCUUCACAUCCAUGAACGUGCUAGCUGUAGAUCUCUUCCUUACAUUUCGUGAGGAUCUAGAAAGAGCCGAACUGUACAAGUACAUCUUGUACACUUGGCUGGUGCCGGUGCCUGUAGUCCUUGUCACAGUGAUUGUAGAGUUCGGCAGUUCUGUCAGGGUGGGUUAUGGAGAGCAGUGUUGGAUCGGCAAUCCAACAGCCAGUCUGGUGGCAUUUGGAGUUCCUGUCCUCUGCGCCCUUAUGGUCAAUUUUGUCUUCACCACUUUUGUGUUGUUGGCCAUACGGAAGUCAUUUCAGAUAGCCAGCACUGCUUUGCCACGCUCGGAGAUCAGCAAGAUCUGGGUCUACAUGCGUAUCUCGUUUCUGACGGGGUUCACCUGGAUUUUGGGAUUCAUCGUUCCUUUCGUCAAGAUCACAGUUCUCGACUACAUCUUCAUUGUGCUGAAUGCUUCUCAGGGCCUGCUGCUGACCCUGUUUCUGACAAUGACGGGGGAGGUGUUGGAGAAAUGGAAGUAUGCGAUCAUGGUGCGCCUGGGUCUGAUCGAAACUGACGAGGACAAUGGACAAGCCACCGCUACCAGCAACCGGCGGGCCAUGGGCGGGAGAACUGAGGUGACAAUGGCAGCAAGCGGCACUGACGUUGCUACUGAGAUACCCAUGAAAACCUUCGUCGAUGCUGAAGAAAAUCAGGCUGAAGACAGGCGUUCGGCCUGCACUGAAGAUGGAGAGGAAAAUGCAUGAGACCAGUUUCUGAUUGCGGUACUGGAAGGGAACUAGGAGCAUGUCUUUAUAACUGCCCACCUACAAAGUGCUUAUCGUCUCCACAAGUAAUUGCUUUCAAAAACAAGCUUUGCUUCUCUCCA